AGCACGGACAAGAGAUGAUAUUCUGUCUAGACGUGAGAGAUCAAAAGAUGUGAGCCCACCUAGUAGAUGGUCCCCAAUCAGAAGAAGAUCUAGGACCCCUAUUAGAAGGAGGUCUCGUUCGCCCCUUCGACGGAGCAGAUCUCCAAGAAGGAGGAGUAGGUCUCCUCGGAGGAGAGAUAGAGGCAGAAGAAGUAGAUCCCGUCUUCGAAGGAGAUCCAGAUCACGAGGUGCCCAUAGACGAAGGAGUAGAAGCAAAGUUAAAGAAGACAAAUUUAAAGGUAGUCUUUCUGAGGGUAUGAAGGCUGAGCAGGAGUCCUCAUCAGAUGAAAAUCUUGAAGACUUUGAUUUGGAAGAAGAGGAUGAAGAAGCAGAAAUAAGACAAAGAAGGUUACAGCGGCAAGCAAUUGUUCAG